CAUCUUAUGAUGAAGCUGAUAAUCACCUUUUGAGAAACAAAUCAGUUUUUUCCAUAGAAGAUGGUGAUUCUCCACUCAGAUCUUCGAUCAAUCAACCAGAUUGCUUCUCGUACCUUCAAUUUCGCCGCCUUGAUUCAUUCCGUCAAAGGACGUCGUUCCAACGCUCGACUCCCUUUCAAUCCACCGCCACCACAACUAGCGCUAAUCAAGGCGCAUUAUCAUGCUCGUCAGAGUAUCUCCAUCGAUAAACCUUCAAUAUGUACAGCUGAUGAACUCCACUACGUAUCCGUUCCAAAUUCUGAUUGGAAACUCGCUUUAUGGCGCUACAAACCUUCACAAAAGGCGCCUUGUAGGAAUCAUCCUCUCUUGCUUUUGUCUGGCGUAGGAACGAAUGCAAUUGGAUUCGAUCUCUCUCCUGAUCGAUCAUUUGCUCGUAGCAUGUCCAGUCAAGGUUUUGAUACAUGGAUUUUGGAAGUGCGUGGUGCUGGAUUGAGCACAGAGGUUAAGAGUUCAUCUUCUAAUGGAAAUCAAACAGAAAUCUAUAAAUCUGAUUUAAACAAACACUUAGGAUACUUCAUGAAACAACUUCAGAUUAUUGAGAAGUAUGAUUGGGAUUUUGAUUCUUAUUUGGAAGAGGAUGUUCCUGCUGCGAUGGAAUAUGUAAGAAGAGAAUGCAAACCAGAAGAUGGGAAGCUACUUGCAAUUGGUCAUUCAAUGGGUGGUAUCUUGCUUUAUGCAUGGCUCUCACAAAAUUGUCUCAAAGGAAGAGAAUCUGGUUUGGCAGCUAUAAUUACCUUGGCAUCUUCUCUAGACUAUAGUACAUCAAGAUCAUCACUUAAAUGGCUUUUACCCCUUGCCAAUCCUGCUCGUAUCUUCAAUCUUCCUGUUAUUCCAAUUGGAGGUUUGUUUACAGCUGCCCAUCUUCUCGCAUCUCAUCCACCUUAUCUCAUGUCCUGGUUAAGUCCCCAGAUUUCAGCUCAAAACAUGUUUGAUCCAGAUUUGCUCGAGAAGCUUGUCUUGAAAAACUUCUGUACAGUACCGGCUAAGCUUCUCUUACAGCUUGCAUCAGUUCUCGAAAAUGGUGGUUUAUGUGACAGGAACAAAGCUUUCUUCUACAAAGAAAAACUACACAAAAUUGAUAUUCCAGUUUUAGCAGUUGCUGGAGAUCAAGAUCUAAUUUGUCCACCUGAAGCUGUAUAUGAGACAUUCAAAUUGCUUCCUAAAGAUUUGGCAUCGUUUAAAGUCUUUGGCGAGCCAAAAGGACCACAUUUUGCUCACUAUGAUCUAGUAGGAGGUGUUGCGGUAUCUUCUUAAUCAUUUUUAUUAUAUGUUUUAAGUUAACAAAAAUAUGUUACUGAAUCCUGAUCGAUUACUUUUUCAUGCAGGCUGCUCAUCGCGUUUAUCCAUUAAUCAUUGAGUACCUUAAUCGCCAUGACCAGUGUUGAGUUCAUAUGUUUGGUAAUUGAAUCCAUGCCUGGACUAUUUCCAAUUGAGUACAUAUUUAAGGUCAUGUGAAGUAAAUAGAAACUAUUUAACUAAAGAAACAUUUAACUAUUGAUCAUCUCAUCUAUUAUGGGGAUCAUUUGAAAAUGAAAAAAAUAGGAAAAAGAUUUGAACCUGACGUGAAUCGAACACGCAACCUUCUGAUCUGGAGUCAGACGCGCUACCAUUGCGCCACAGAUCCUUGUGAAGUUUAUGUAAGAUUGUAAUAUUCAAUCAAAAUCUUAAUUUACUUAGGAAAUGUAUUUUGUA